AUGCACGGACUGGGCGAGAAGAGCGUGGCGGAGUCGCCCCCGCCGCUGCUCAAAGUGCGCAUGAGCUUCUUCCACCGGCUGAAGUGUUUCAUCGGCCUGUGGCUGUUCAAAUGCCUAGCCAGUGUCUACUUCUUCUACCGGGGGCUGCGCCGGCGUCCAUCUCCCCGCACCCGGCCCACCCUUGUCAAACGCUAUCCAUGUCGGCCCAUGUUGCAGACUCACAUCUUCUAUCCCUCUGGAUACACCCCGGGAGAGCGGCUGCCCCUCUAUAUCAACAUUCACGGGGGCGGAUUCGCCGUGGCGGAUGCCCAGGUCGACGACCACUUCUGUGUCGCUUGGGCCGAGCGCACCGGCAUGUUGGUCGUUAGCCUGGACUACCGGAAAGUGCCGCGCCAUCCAUUUCCCGUGCCUGUACAUGAUGUGGCCGCCCAGGUACAGGCUGUGCUCGAUGACCCGGACUUGCCGAUUGACCAUUCCCGGGUGACCAUCGGGGGAUUCAGUGCCGGGGGUCACUUGGCUCUCGCGGCGUCGCAGUUGCCUCCACUCCACGGACUCGUCCAAGCCGCUGUCGUGUAUUACCCGAUCGUCGACUUCAGUCACCCGCCACCGGUGAAGAUGGCAACCCGACCGUACACUGAUGGCCCGAAAGACAAUAUCGGGGACUCCGGGAUGGGGUGGGCGCUGGACUGGGGAAUCGUCUGCGUGGGGCAGAACCGACGCGAUCCGGUGCUGAGCCCCUGCUAUGCCAAAGCCAAAGAUUUGCCCCCGCGGGUUUACAUGGUGGCCGCGCAGUGGGAUAUGCUGCGCCUGGAGGCCCAGCAGAUGAUCCACCGCCUGGCCGGACUGGAGGGCAAAGCCGACCAGGAAGCACCGUUCGACACAGGGGCGUAUAAGUGGACCUUGGCCCGGGGCUGUACGCACGGCUUCACGCACGGACAGGGCGGGGACGCUGCCGAGAAAGCGUACCGGAAAGAGUUUUGCGGUGACCUGUAUCAUCAAGCUCAUGAGUGGUUGAAGAAGGGUGGGCAAGCAUGA